AUGGCUUCGAAGCAAACUGGUUGGUCCAUCUCCGAAGAAGCCACCGCUUUAGGCUUUAUGCUGGUUGUAUGCUUCAUUCUCCUUCAGAUGAAGCACUGGUUCAACUUUCGCAGCACAGACAGCUGGUAUCGAUCGAUGCCUUUCGAUAUUCGUGAAACAUUCUCAUUGGGCGCUCUCCGCAAGGCUACCUUCUUCGGAAGGUACUUUUCCAAGAAAUAUGGUCCAAUUUAUCGUCUCCAUUCUAUUUUUGAAACAGUCGGAAUUUUGGCAUCGAGCGAUCUUGCAGCCGAAUUUUACAAGCAUUCGCGAACACUUCAAAGAAGUCCUGAAGUUUCUUUGCUAGGUCAGGUAUCGGAUACUGUCAUGGGAAAGUGUAUGGCGGCACUUUAUGGGAAAGAAUGGCAAUUAUGCCGGACUGCCUUCAAGACAACAUUUCUCACAAAAGCAGUGCAAGACUGCUUCGAAAUGAUCCAGAGAGAAACAGCCAAGUGGCAGUCAAAGUACGUGGCAAAUGGCGCCAUUCUAGAUGUUCAACGAAGCAAAAUCGACGAACUGCCGCUGAGGAUUCUAGCACACGUUGUGUAUGGCGAUAAUAUCACGGACGAGGAAGUAGAGCAAGUAUUGGUGUUCGCCCGAGAACAUGGGGCCAUUAUGGAUGUAUCGAUGAAUAUCCUAGAAAACCUGCCAGUGUACAAAUCACUGCCCUGGAGUUUGAACGCUCGCUCGAAGAAGUUUCGUGCACAAUGGCAGCUUUUCAACAUGGAAAAACUGAAGAAAGCAUUAAGCACGAGUGGUCAAGAACGAAUCGAUGUCUUCUCGAUAGCGGCAAAGUAUUUUCUCCAACAGGAAGGUGACUUUGACUCAAACAUAGCUAUGUUCUUUGAUACAAUCGAUGAGAUUUUGCUCCUGAACAUCGAUGUAACGUAUGUUGCACUGAUGAACAUGCUGGUUUUUGUAGCGUCGAACGAAAGCGUUAUGGCCACACUCCGAAAUGAAAUCAAGAAUUCGGCUCCGCUCAAUAGCAAGAUCGAAUAUGACACUCUAUCUAAACUGCCAUAUUUGAAUGCUGUUUUCAAUGAAUCCGUUAGACUGAGACCACCUUUGUCACUUAGUUUUCCAGAACGUACGACUGAACCCAUGCUACUGGGCGGUUAUCGCAUUCCAGCCGGAACGGCCAUCAUGAUCGAUGCUGAUUCCAUUAACCACGAUCCUCAAGUAUGGAAGAAUCCAGACGAUUUCGAUCCGAAUCGUUUUCUUGACAACAAACAGUCUGGUAUCGAAUUUCAGUACUUCAAGUAUGGUCUAAAUCGUAAUCGUCGAUGCUUGGGCUUUCGCUACGCUGAGGCCAUCGUUAAGCAGGUCAGCUGGGACAUUUUAUCUUUGGCGAAGAUUGACUUUGCUGACGACCAGGAACCUAAAGAAGCAAUCAGAAAAUGGUCCAGCCGUGUCAGAGACAAGGGGCUGCCAUUUUUUACGCCAUAUUCAAACUUCCCUCAACUCAAAUUGACAUUCGAUUUUGGCGAUGUGGCGUCCUUAGACUUAGCUCCGGUUUUUCGUAUUGACGAUGGGAAAUCGGCACCUUGUUUUAUCGCCGGGGAGAAAGCCUUACGAGAAAAGGGCAGCGUAUUGUUUGGCAUGAGUUUCGGCAACAACUACUAUUCUGAAGACGUCAUCAAGUCGCUCAUACCGUUUCUUGGCAGCCGAUUCAGUCGCAUCUUUAUCGAUGUUCCUGAUGAGUGGACUAAACACACGUACACUGCAUUGGGCUAUUCCGAUAGUGAUGCUAAGAAAAAGUUGAGAAAUCUUACUACUCGCUUGCGCAAACGCUGCCAAUUGGGCGUCGAAAUAGCCACCCAGUCUGGUAUAGCACCACGUGAAAAUUUCAUCUUCAUGAAUUGGGGCACACAUGUUGAAACCUCGAAAACCUACCAGAAUGCUCUGGCGGAAAUUAAAAUGGCUUACCAGCAAGAUGAUGUAUUUAGAGGCGAUUGUAACGCGACGACUGCUGAGGUUCUGCGGUCUCAAGGUCGAAGCCGUGGCUGGGACAACAAAUCAUCGGUAGAGUUGGCGGCGGCAAUCGAAAUCGCUGUCAACUAUGUUCUAAUGGAAUUAGCCGAAGCAGUGGCGUUUGGAGAUAUUGCUUCUCUUCUAACAAACGGUGGCCAUGCUCCAGACACGCCGGCUGUCAUGGUCUAUCAUCGACGUUGGCCAGUUUUGGAGAAGUUCUUGAACUGCGAAUAUGAAAAUGAAAUUUGCAAGCAGCUGGUGAAGAAGCUUGCUUUCAAUUUUGGCUUUCUCAUUUUUGAAGCAAGACCAGUUAAAUGUUCGAGUCCUGAAGAGUUUGCUUGUGACGGAAGCGAAGAGGGCACCGCAAAAGUCACUAAUUAA